AAGUGAUACUCCAAAAACAGCUCGUCCAACAGCUUCAUCACUGUUUAGCACAGAGAAGCCAACAGCACUGCCAGUCGUGGGACAAGAAAGUGCUGUCACAGAUCAGACAGAAAAGACAUCAGUUUCUCCUCUUACUGAUGAGACAGAAACAUCUUCUGUCAUCCCUACAGUAGAUGAAGAGGGUUCAGCUGACCACACUCCGGACAUAUUCACAUCCACCUCCUCUGUCACUGGUACAUCUUCAUCUUUACUCAGCACUAUGGCCUCAACAGCAAUAUCACCUGGAACAACAGAGAGUCUUGAAACUGAUAAAACAAAAAUACCAUCAGUUACAGGAGAACCAUCAGUUUCUCCUAUGUCAGAUGAGACACAAACAAGCUCAAUAACAGUGAUUCCAAGUUUGGCUUCUUCUAUAGCAUCUACUGUUCCUGACACUGAUUUCUCUAGCCAGCCCACAAUGUCGGGAACCACUGCCACCAUACCUCUGCAGUCAACAUCAGUCAUUACAAUUACACAACACCCUCAAAAGCAGCUAACAACAGAAAAACCAUCAGCCAUCCCAAUAAUUGAUGAAUUUGAGACAAGUUCUGCAAUCACUUUGACAGAGGACGACAUGUCAACAGGGCAAACAACUGAAUUUUUUAUGGAAGGAUCAUCUGCCCUGUCUUUGUUGCCAACUAUGGACCAAACAGUGGAACCAAGCACCCACUCAGCUGUGGUGAUUGGCACUUCACAUGAAACAGCUUCUGUAUCUCCAAGUUCCACAAGGCCAUCCAUUCCUAUCAUUGAUGACACUGAGUUUAUUAAUCAAACCCCUGAUUUUACUACCAAAGCUGCUGGCAAAACAUCAACCACCAUCUCCUCAAUGUUCAGCACAGAGAAACCAGCAGUAACAACAGCAUCACACACAACUGCAGCAAGCUCAGAAACCAAUGUUAUUACAAUUUCUUCUUUGUACAGUACUGAGAGAUCAGUUUCCUCUGAUACGGAAAAGAGCACAUCAACUCCAGUCUCAUCAUCAUCUGUAUUCAGCACAGAGAAACCUGCAAUAACAACUGUUGGAAGUUCAAGUGUAGCAAUUCUAAAAACAACAGAUGUUACUUCAUCUCUGUACAGUACUGAAAAACCCACAUCAGUUUCAGCUAGCAUGGCGCUCGAAGAGGGCUCUGGAGACCAAACCCCCAAUAUGUUUGUUGAGAUCUCUGCAGUGACAGCUUCUUCUCUUGUGAGCACUGUUUCCCCAAGUGUCACCCCCUCAGUACACCCUGGUGAGAAGGUGGAUUACAGCACAGACUCUCCAUUAGUUGAAUCCUUACCUAUCUUUGAGAGAACAACUGUUAAGUACAGUACAGAGACACCAGCAGCAGUGUUUGCAGAAACUAUGAUGAGCCCUGCAAUAGAUGAAACACCUGUUUCAGAGACUCUCACAAAAGAAACAAGUGCAACUACCACAGUGUCUUCAGUGAUUAGCACAGAGAAGCCAUUAUUGACAACAGAAUUAGCUGACACUGAAACAAGUGAAGUUUUAAAAUCACACAUAGCCGUAGCCUCCUCUCGCUACGAUACUGAGAAACCAACAUCUGUGCCAUCCAGUGAAUUUCAAAGCAAAUCACCAUUCUCUCCAGCAACAGAUGAAAGUCAGAUAGCUGAGACUCAGAGCACAUCAACAACAUCUGGUGUUGAAUCAUCAACCCAGUCCUCACCACAGUUCAUGACAGAGGAGUCUACACAUACUACCCAAUAUUCUGUUUCCCCCACAACAUCUACCACAAUCGAGGCAAUGACAGUAUCAGUGUCUGAAUCAGGAAGUGGCGAGUUUCCUGACAUUGAGAGCUCAGGGGAUGACAUAUCUCAAUCUCCAGAUGAAACUCCCUUAGAAACACCAACAGCAUCAAUCACAUCUACUUUUGUUGAGGAAAAAAGUGAAAUAGAGUAUACAACUGUCACAACAAGUCCUUAUACACUCGAAACCUCUCAACCCAUAGCAGUUCCCAGUGUCACUGUGUUUACUUCAAAGGAAACAUCUACUUACACUGACAUGGAGAGCUCUGGUAUCUCACCUGAAGGGGAUGAUUUGGAGUCAAGUCCAGACGGCUCUGGUGCAGAGGUAUCCACUGAGACUACCACAAAACCCCCGGAAGAAUUUACUGUGGCCACAGAUGAGACUGAAUUAUAUGACACCAAGAGCACAUCUGACAUGUCAAGUACUACAUCCUCAUAUCCCACCAGCACACAGCUUACCAAAGAAUUUAUGCCAUCAACACAAUCUCCACUCAUAACAAGUUCUGAGAUUUACAUUACUGAGCCAGGCAGUGGGGUCUUCCCAGAUGACUCUACCGAUGAGGGUGAGAGUUCAGGUGUUGACGUUUUUGACAGGUCAGCUACAUUAGUACCUGUCACAAGUCCUCCUAUGAUGUCCAUUACAGUAGCAGCUACAAAACAAAUUACAAUGUCCUCUAGUUCUGUUGCUGUAACAGAGGAGAGUUCAAGUGACCAAAUAACAGAUAUGUCCACUGACAAUGGUAUUACACAAAAGCCUGCUGGCACUGCAGCCUCUUCUCUUUACAGCACUGGAAAGCCAACAGCAAUGUUCCUAGAAAUCAACACCUCAACAGUCCUGGGGGUGUCAUCUUCAGCUGUUUAUCACACAGACUCUCCUGAUGGUAUAAAGAGUACAGCCUCUUCCCUGUUCAGCACAGAGAAACCUGCAACAACAGCAUCACAUGAGAGUGGAACGUCUGAUAUUCCAAAGUCUUCUCUCUACAGCACUGAGAAGCCAAAUAUCACAACUGUACAUGCUAUCACACCUACCCAGUCAGCUGACACAGCUCUCUCUACAGCUGAUAUAUCAAAACAAAGUCUAGGUUUUACUUUGACACAGGGAGAGAGUUCUGGUGACCAAACCACUGAUAUGUUCACAUCAAAGCCAUCAGUGAUUGAGAGUAUCACAUUUGGAGAAGCAACAGGUGAAACCGUAACCUUUGUUUCAGUCACAGUGACAUCUGAUGAACAGGUUUCCUCACAGGAAGGUGAAAUUACUUCUGAUACCCCCAUCACUUCAGAAGCAACCGAGCCUCCUGUUUCAAGCACUGGGAAAGAUGAAGUUACUGUAGCUGAGCACAUAACUCAGUCCACCUACACAACUAUGUCCCCUCAUACAGCUGGAGCAUCAGUUAGUGAUCAUACUACAGUUGAUUUCACUACAGUAAGCCCCAGCAGUGAACAUGAGCAAGAUGGAUUCACAUCGAUGUCCACCCCAAUUCCCUCCAUUAUAUAUCAUAGUGUUACAGACCAGCAGGUGGUGAUCAUUACUCCCAGUAGCAGCCAACCCCAAACUGACCUGACAGAGCAAACACCUACCAUGGUCUUGCACAUGUCUAAACCAUCAACCAGCACAACUAUAAUAUUCACAGAGAAUGUAAAAGAUGAAGAUAAGCUGUUCUCUGCAGUUACAGACAGUAUGACAGGGGACACCCCCACUCCUUUGCUUAUCACCAAAGAUGAUACUAUCAUUGAUGCAGAUACUAUCUCCAUAGUUUCCUCUUCUUCAGUUUACCCAACCAUCCAGACAGAGGAGGCUGGAGGCAUCACAGCAGUCACAAUGACACAAAAGUUGGAAGAAACAGAGGGUUCAGGGACAGAUAGUACCACCCUCUUUACUCCCUCUCCAGGAACAUUACAUGCAACCCCAUCCACUGAUCCAUCAUUAGCUUCAACAACUUCUGAAUAUUCAGAGUCCAUUUCUAAACCAUCACCUGUGGAAGGUAUUUCGCGUGAUGAGACAGUCACAUUAGCACCACUUGCCACCCCAGCCACCACUGUGUCCACAAAGUCAAGCUCUGAAGAAACAGAUGAUUUAACUACACCACAUACAGUUUCCCCUGUUGAGACACACUCCAAACCAACUCCAGAGCAUGGUUUAUCAGCCGAAGACACCACUGAUAAAAUCACUGAGUCUGUCACUGAGAUCACAGCAUCCUCAUCUUUGCCUUCUCAAACCUUAACUGAAAUAAUGGACACCAGCUCUGUCACCCCAGUGUCCAGUGAGGAGUAUAUGGUUAGCACAGAUGAAAAAGAGACAUCCAAGACCUCAUCACCAACAGUCGUAACAACCACAAGUCGUGACACAACUGAUGAAACCUUAAGUUCAUCCAUUUCCACACUUGCUGCUGUACCUUCAGUCACUGUCACACCACACACACCAGUUUCCACUGAACCUGGCACAAUGAAACUAACCAGUGAAGCAUCUGAUGAUGACUCUUCAGGUGAUGAUGACUCUGAUGAAGGCUCUGCAGUGGAUACCUCUGAGACAACUUCAGUGUCCUCAGUGGAUGAAUUGACUGCAUCUGAAAAGAUAGUUACAUCUACAGCCUCCUCACUGUUCAGCACUGAGAAAACAGCAGUAUCAAGUGCUGCCUCUAGUAUUCAUAGCACCAAGAAGCCAACUAUCACAUCAUCUCCUGAUGUUACUGGGAGAGAUAUAUCAGAUGAUCACACUCAUGUGACAGAGUCCUUGACACACACAGCUGCUCCUCUGCACAGUACAAUAAAAAUGGACCAAGUGCUAUCCACAACAACAUUAUCUACCCCCUACAGCGCUGACAAGUAUUCAGAGGCAAGUAUCACAGAGGGGUCUAGGGUUGAGAUCUCAGAUGCCACAACUGCAUCACCUAAGACAAUGACAUCUGAGAAUGAAGAGAGUGUGGCCACACCAGGAUCCCCUAUGCUCAGCACAGAAAAACCAGCCACAGUGAUCCAAGAGGAUAAAACUCAAACAGAAGAGAUAAACACAGAGGCAAAGAAAGCAUCAUUGUUAGAAACAGUUUCACCCCCUAGUGAUGGAGCGACAUCAAUCCCCACACACGAGGAGAGGGACCCUGAUGCCUCUAUGUCUACAGAAGAAUCUAUUUCUAUAUCCACAGUUUCCUCUCUACAAAGCACUUCAAAGCCUGACAUGAUGGUUCAGUUUGUCACCACUUUUGUCCCAGAACCAGAUACAACACUGCCUGAGGGAUCCUUCCAACAGGCAAGGUCUGAGAUCACAUUCACUCAUCAUCCCCACAUUGACACCUCCUCUGAGAAAACUGUGUUGGCCACAACAAGCCCAAUGUUGCCCAGUGAGGAAUCCAGCCAGGACUUUGAACCUGGUGAUGUGACUCCCCACACUGGAGUUACAACCACAUCACUGAAAGAUAAGACAGCUGAAGCACCGAGCACAGCACCUAUAACCAAAGACAUUUCAACUGACCCUGAGGGGAGCUCAGACAAAGAGAGUGAAGUCCAGGAAACAUCUACUUAUGCUGUAAUAACUUCACUGCCUACAGAUGAAAUAGUAGUUUCGGAGGGGACAGAGCCUGCUGGAGAUGAAUCUCCAAAAUUUGCAACUGACAAGUCAGCAAAACCUGAAGUAGAAACUGCAACUGCUGAGUCGGCAUCUUCUACAGACUCAAGCUCAGUGGAAACAACUUCUUCACUUUUAAAACAAACAAAAAAGACUCCAUCCUCAACUGUGUCUUCACUGUUCAGCACCGAGACUCCAUCUGUGGCUUCCAUAUCAGAUGUUACUGAUCAAGAGGCCUCUGAAAAGACAUCAACAACAUCACCAAAAAUGGUGACAGGAGAGAGCGAACAGACUGCCACUCCCCCCCCUGCCACGGUGAAAUCAACUGCAGUGUCACUUGAAACACACACUUCAACAGAUAAAGAAAAAGACAAAAAGACAUCAUCAGAGAGUGAGGAGAUCUCUGUAUCAACAGAAAUUAUCAAUGAACCAGAGGGUUCAGGUGUCGAGACAUCUAGUAUUUUCGAUUCUGACUCUGUUACUCCAACUGUUUCAUCCCUAUCCAGUACUGUUAAGAUGGAUAGUAUCAUCAGGACUUUACCAUCUGAGAUGGCAAAUUCCCAAACAGAUAAACCAGAAUCAUCAACAUAUGAACAAACCUCAGGUCAGAAGUCACCUGAGAACUUCAUCGCCAAAGCAUAUGCAACACAAUUCUCUGCUGUGACCAGCACCGUUCAGUCAACAAAGUCAACAACUUCUCUUGAGUCAGGAUCAACGAAUUCUGAAAACGAGGAGUCACAAGAUUCAGACCCAACAAGUACGCAUCAACCCACUGGUGUUGCAUGCACUGCAGAAAUCUCUACAAGCUCAGACACUAAGGUCACCACAAUCCCAGCUGAACACAUUUCCUUUGAACCUACUUCAAAUCUUCCUUCAGCAUCAGCACCAUCACACCCUGAUGUUAUGGUCCAAUUUGCCACAACAGUUUCCCCUGGACAGCACAUAACAGUUCCCCAGGAAACACUUGAACAAGUCAAGUCAGAGAUCACACUAACACACCGCCCUUACACUGAUCUUUCCUCUGAGGAUGUGUCACUGACCACAACCCACCCUGUUUUUGCAAGUCAUGAAACAAGCCAAGUUACAGAAUCAACAACUGCGCCUGCCGCUGCUUCUUCAGGUGCUGAACCUGUAACUGUUUCAGUUGAAGGUGGGAAAGUUGAACCCACUCUUGACCAGGUUUCUAGUGGUGCAGACACUGACCAAUCUCCAGAUACAGAAGAUGGUCUUUAUCCAAUCAUAGAUUAUCCACCCCCAGAUUAUGAAGAACCGAACUUCGAACUGGUUGAAGUAAUUCCACCAUUUUUGGAAACUACAACACCAAAAGAAGCAGCAGUCUUUAUUACUGCACCACCUGCCAUUCCUCAAACAUCUGACAGUAAGCCUGUUGUUUCAGGGAGCAGUACUAAAAGUAUCUCAAAAGAAAAGGCAACACAGUCACCUGUAGUAGCAGUAGCUGUCACUGUCCUGCCCUCUGCAUCAGGGUCUGUCAGUGCAUCAUCAUCCUCUAGUUCUGAGAGUGGUUCAGAAAACAUGAGCAGCUCAGAGGAAAUCAUGACUACAGCAAGCACUGUUAAAAUGGAUGGUGAUGAGGUUGAGAACAUCACCUCUGAGCUUCUAUCGACCACAACUAAGUCACACUCCAUCUCUAGCACUGGGACUGAAAGUGGGUCUGCCAGCUCUGAGAGUGUGUCUGGAGAUUUGACAACUACAAAGAAACCAAAGAUUGAGAGUAUAGACGAACAGUCUCUAUCCCCAGAUGACAUCCAGACUGUAUUCAAGGUAGAUGCUACCACACCCUCAAAGGCUGAGUCUGCUAAUGUUGAUAGCACCUCUGGGAAAGAGGAAGUUUCGGGCAAUAUUGAAGGAGAUGUCUCUCCUCCUACUGAAAUGCCCAUAAGGACCCACACAGAGUUCACGACAAUGUCACCAGCUGAGGCACAAAACCAGUCAGUGUUAGCUGAAUCUGUAGCUACCACUCCAUCAUCUUUUUCUGGUGAGAAUGAGAAACUGGACAGUGAUUCAACUAUACUGCCACCUGUUACUGAAGGAGAACCACUGAUACAAGGGGAGGAAACAACUGCUCAGCCAGAUGCAGGACUUGAUUUGGGCCACACUGUAAUUGGAGAGACUGUUGAGAUCCCAGGACUCCACUCAUGCCAUUCAGAGAUUUGUCUGAAUGGAGGCUCUUGCUACAAAAUUGGUGGCAGCUAUACCUGUAGCUGUGCUCCUGGUUACAGUGGUCAUCGCUGCGAGACAGAUAUUGAUGAGUGCCAGUCAAACCCUUGCCGCAAUGGAGGCACAUGUGUUGAUGGCCUGGCUUCCUUCACGUGUGUGUGUCUGCCAAGCUACUCUGGGCUGUUUUGUGAGGAGGAUACUGAAACCUGUGACUAUGGCUGGCAUAAGUUUCAGGGGCACUGCUACAAGUACUUCCCCCACAGAAGAAACUGGGACACAGCAGAAAGAGAGUGUCGCAUACAGGGGGCUCAUCUCACCAGCAUCCUGUCCCACGAGGAGCAACAGUUUGUCAACCGUCUUGGACAGGACUACCAGUGGAUCGGCCUGAAUGAUAAGAUGUUUGACAGCGACUUCCGCUGGACUGACGGUCGCCCUAUGCAAUAUGAAAACUGGAGGCCCAACCAGCCUGACAGCUUCUUUUCUUCUGGCGAGGAUUGUGUAGUGAUGAUUUGGCAUGAGGACGGCCAGUGGAAUGAUGUUCCUUGCAACUACCACCUCACUUUCACCUGCAAGAAGGGCACAGUGGCCUGUAGCCAGCCCCCUCUGGUGGAGAAUGCACGAACCUUUGGUAAGAAACGUGAGAGGUAUGAGAUCAACUCACUGGUAAGGUACCAGUGCCAGACAGGCUUUAUUCAGAGGCAUGUCCCAACCAUCCGUUGUCGUGGGGAUGGACGAUGGGAUACCCCUAAAAUCACCUGUAUGAACCCAUCAAGCUAUCAGAGGACCUUUAUCAGAAGACAUCAACACAACAGUCUCUACAGCAUCAACAACUUCAAAAGAUGGCCGGAUGAGGCCCUCCGCUUUCACCACCAGCUCUACCGGGGAAGGAGAGAUAGGACUGAACAUAAGCAGAAGAGACAGUGAUUGCCACGUAAACAUGGCACAGCUUCCCCAAGACGAGAGCACAUGGCUUAUGCUUGUAUGGAAAGAGGAAAUGGAUUCUCAAAGGAAAAGAACAAGAGAAAACUUACCAAAGAAACCAAGAGGAUAAUCUGCAGUUUUCUUGCAUUUUGGAUGACGAUGGAAUCUUAUGAAGUGCCUUUUAAAGAGAUGCUGACAUGUGACUUUUCUUACCAAGGAGCACUGUCAAAUUCACUUUGGCAACAAUGCCAAAAUGGAUAAAAUACUUUCAGCUGGCUACUGGAAAAGCAAAAAGUUUUCUCAUCACUCUUUUUUUUUAAACUGCAGAUGUUUUUUUUUUUUGUCCACAGUUCAUCAAAUAAUACAUUCAUGACCGUUGCCUAAUACUUUUGUACACCAACUGUGCUAUUUAAAAUCACCAUAAGUGUUCCUUAUUCAUAGAAAAAAAAGCUGUUGUGAAAUUAUAGCGCUUAUGUUAUGUAAAAGAAUCAAUUAUGUUGUCGUGCUGUUUUAAGCUGGACUUCAUUUUAAUGAGCAUGCAUGCAUAGGCAUAUAUAUUUAAGCCCUCAACCUUUAUCUAUGUUUAUUCCUUGUCAAGAACUCUGAGUUUGGCUCCUCAGAACACAACUGGAGGCAUCAGCGGAAAUUAUUGAUAACACAAAGGACUCAGUAUUAUAUCACGUACAUAAAACUAUAAAUCUUUAUAAACAGUCUUCAGUCUUCAAAUCUAAUCAGCAGAGGCACAAAUCAUAUUUGGAAACAUGCUUUCAUAGCUUUGCUAGUGGUAGUUAUUCAGAUUCCAGAUGAAUAAUGCACCCAAAUCUGGGUAAAUUUCUCCAAACUGCUCACGUAACUGCUGGAGCCUUUCUUUGUGGUGGCAGCUUUCAAAUUACCAAAUCACCACUUUUUACUGGCUCCAGCUUUCACUGGAUGUCAGAGAUGUAGAUUUCUAUAGAAAGAAUUUUAAGAAAUUUUCUGAUAUUUCUUUUGAUUCUGCAAUUUAUUAUGAGAUAUUGGUCUCUACAUAUCAGUCGACAAAGCCUAACUGCUAGAAAUCGAUGUCCAUCAUCUGUUUUAAAAUGAAAGCUCAAGUAGUAAUCACACAAUAAAGUGUUUUGCUCUCAUCUGUUGCUGCCAUGCUGUAGCUUCUGAUAGUUCUCUUGGUCAUUUCUUUUUCUUUUUUUUUCUGCAAACUUAACUUUUCUGUUAUUGUGGUCAAUUGAAAUCAGCCAUUGAGAGAAUGUAUUUUGUGAAACACUAAAAAAGACUUGAACGUAACGGCUGUUGAGGCAGAGAUACAAAUAAUUUAUUUUCAAGCUGCUCUUGAUCUCCUUACUUGUUUUAUACUGACAGGUGAAAUAUGAUGCUCUCACUUGGCCCAGCAGAUGUUCAACAGGAGACCGGCCACAAUCAUGGACUGUCUAAACAGGAUGCAUUGAAGAUGAAAGAUUUCCUAACAAUAUGAUGGAUUUAUACAUCUUUUUUACGUCUUUAAUGCCAACAGUGGACCAAAGAAUAUGGAGGGCCCCAUCAGCUGCAAUAAUGUUGUUUUGUAAGAUUAACAAAUAUUUGUACAUGUGGAUGGUUAUAUGUCUCUCCAGCCAUUGUUUAAUAGAGUGAUGUUUUGUUUUGUCUGCCUGUGAAUGUCUGUGUGUGUGUCUCAGCCUUAAUGUGCACAUAAUAUCAUUUUAUAUUUAUAACAUUUUUUUUUUAUUUUACAAUGUGAAUGUCUGGGAUGUUUGUGAAUUUUUAAAAAAGAAAAUCAAAGUGUUUUUUCCUGCUUUAAAUCACCAAAGAAAUAAAAUAAAUAUAUGAAUAUUA